GAUUCUGAAUUUAAUCGGGUUUUAUUUAUUGUUAUCACGAUUAUACAAAUUUGAAUAAACAUUGUCGAUUUACAAAACUUUAAAAUAAGAAGAAUAAUAUUUAAUAUUUGAGGUAAAAGGUGGACGAUGAUUUAACGAACUAUAAGAAAAUCUAUCAAAGAAAAGUAAAGCUUUUGUUUGUGAACAUAUUUCACCUAAUAAACGUUAAAAAUGAUAAAUGAGAUUGAGCAACUAUCCGAUGCUGAACUGCAGGAGAAACUAAAAGCUUUGGGAUUUCCUAAAGUAGCAGUAACUGAAACUACACGUGGGAUUCUAACAAAUAAGUUACUUAAAUCUAAACAAAAUGAAAUUAAGGAUACACUGCACGAUAUGAAGUUUAAUAGUCUGUCACUAACAAAACAUAGGAGCAUAUAUAACCAAGAAUUAUCGAAUUCAUUUUCAACUAAUUGUAAAAUGAUUAUAAGAAAUCAUCCUCGAACCAGUUCGGCGUACUCCUUAUACAAAAACGACUCGACACCAAAUAUUUGUUGCCAUAUAUCUACGAAUGUAGGUCAUAACGUUGAACAUAAUUUUUCAAGAGAUACAAACUAUUCAAUUCACACUUCGCCAGAACCAAUUGGUACCACGUUUUCGGAACUUAAAAGUCAUGAAGGAGUAGUAAGCAGAUUGUUAAGCUUUCGUGACAAAACUUUUAGAAAACCGAAAGCAUGUGAAAGUCAUCAACAAGUCUGCUUAUCAUUGUCGAAAGGAUCAAAUAAGUGCUUAAAUAAAUCAAAACGUACAUUUUACGAUUUUAUAUCCUACGUUGGAACGCAAUCGCGCCUGAACCAAAGCUUUAAGCCAUAUUUAUUGGUUAGUUUGUUCGCAAUGUUUUUUAUUGUGUUGGCGUUAAUUUAUAUAUUGAAGAGUCCAAAAAAUUUGGAAGUUGAUAGCCUUCGAAAUAAGUUAAUAAUUUGUGAGGAGAAAAAAAAUAAAACGAACUGCAUUCCAGCUAUGUACAUUGAUGGUACAAUUGACUUACUUAAAUAUAUUUUGGAGAUUCUACAAAAUCAGUCCAAAAAAUUCCAGUGCAACAAUAAAAAGGUUGUUGUCGUCGAAACAGAUAUAAUUAAUUUUAUGGACAAAAUAGAAUAUUAUAAUGGAAGGCAGGGGUGGAAACUGAAAUUAUUCUAUGCAAAAGUUCUUAUAGAAGAAAACCCUCAAUGGAAUGUUGUAAUAAAUGAGGGCCAAACUGUAAGCUUUUCCUUAACCAAUGAAAAUCCCUCUUCAUUUUGUAGAUUCUACUUCAAAAUUAAGAGCUUUUUUGUAAUUAUUGGCAUAGGUACCGUAAUAGUUACACUCUCGGUUUCUUUAUAUGUAUUGUAUCGUAAUAUAAAGGCGUGGAGAUUAAAUCGCUUUACUGUUAUUGAACAGUUUACAACAGAUAUUGUAAAUGAACUCAUUUAUAGAGCAUCAUUAAGUGAGGCCCCGGAAGAACGAGAAGUUAUUGUAAAUCAUCUCCGUGAUAAGUUAAUACCUUUAAACAAGCGUAACGGUUACUUGAAAUAUUGGAAGGAGGCAUUGAAAGUUCUCGAAAUAAAUGAUAGCAGAAUACAAUUCGGACUAAAAAUUUGUGAUGGCACAGAAUACCGCACUAUGACAUGGUUAAGCAAUGCAAACUCUAAUACACCAAAUGGUUUACUUAAGAAAUGGCAAAGUCCGGCCUUUGGUUAUGCAAAUAAAAUUAGUAAACCUCCCACCUCAUGCUUGAAAAUUCGUCAUAUGUUUGAUUCGACAGAAUCAGAAUCCAUAAUUUAAACACAAUAAUAGAGUCUGCUAUAAUAGAGAAAGUUGGAACCAGGUGUUGUAUUCAAGAAAUUCAAAUGAUAAAAAAGUUGCUGUGUUUAUGUCCGUUGUUGCAGUGAAUUUGAUGCAGGAGUGGUUCAUAACGAAAUAAAUGGCUGGUGGUUCGACAAGCGUUUAAUUUCGAUUAAGUUCUUACGUCUCCAAAGAUACCUUACACGUUUUCCAGACAGCAAAACCUCCGUGUCUGCUCUAUCGCAAUAAAACGUGUUUGAAAUUUGUUGCGAUUUUAUGUGUGUUAUUCCUCAAUUUAUUAUUUUAAUAAAACAGCAAUACUAUAGUGUAAAUAUAUAUGUUUAAUCAACAAUUCUAAUAAUACAGUAUUCGCCAGAUAUAAGCACUAUCAAAUAUGCACGCAUAUUUGUGCUUAUAAGCGGGAAAACCCGUUUAGAAGCACUGAGAGCGCUUAUAUAAUAUAUGUAUAAAUCGGCAUCAUCGGUGCAUACAACCAAAGUUUUCCUUUAUGCCAGAACAAACCCUUUAAUUGAAUAAAAAUUAUAAUUUAUUUUAAAAAUGCUGAUUACAACAUGUCAGUCGCUGUAGCAUUCGAGAAUAUAAAUAAAGGAGAAGAAAACUGCCCAUUUUUAUUAAAAUAACGUGUUGUUACAAGAAUUUACGUAUUACUAGAAAAAAUUUGUUACUUUAGAUUGAAUAUUCAUUGUGUUCAAUUUAAAAUAAUAGUGCUCAAUAUUUCAAUUUCUUGAAUAAAUUUGUUUAGAGGCUUAAAUUUUUACACAGAACAUGUAUAAAAUCAAAACUUCUUUUUGGGCGGCAUAACUUGCACAGUUUGAACUUCCAUCCCGUUCUCAGGCGUAUCUUCCAUCGAAAGUAUUUUCGCAAUUAUGUUUCCCAUAGCAAUACAAGCCGUCGUCAAAAUGGGUAUAAAAGUUUCGUUAAGAAACUCAUCGCUGUUGAUCAUGGUAUAAGGGAGUAGGGAAAGUCCCAUUAACAGUAGUUUCGCCACCUCUGAGGCGUACGU